AGAAGGCACAAGAGAAGGGCCAAAAACAAAAGUUCCUUAGAGCUCACGUUUGUAUUUCUCCCCCCAAAGACCAGUAUUUAUGGCCUUCUGAAGUUCAUUUCUCUGCCUUUUUUUCAAUCUUUAAAAUCAUUUCCAUGACUUCUCUUUCUAACUUUCUCAUUAUUUUCCCACUUUUCAUUUACUUUUCUUCGCAAUUCUGAAAGGCCAAGAUACCUUUUUCUAAAAUUUCAUUAGUCUUGAAUCUUGAUAUAUAGGAGUAUUCUUAAUUGUUGCUUUUUUGAACUGUUUGGCAAGAACCUAUUUGGUACUCAUAAAUUAUCAAUCAGAUUGUGAAAAAAACACAAAUUUUACAAAAGGGUGUGUAGGGGUUUAGGUUCUGAUGAUGAUGGAGAAUUUUUCUGGAGUUGUUAAGGAGGAUGAUCAACAGCAACAGAUGGAACUUCCUCCUGGAUUUCGCUUUCAUCCUACUGAUGAAGAGUUGAUUACUCAUUAUUUAUCUAAAAAAGUUGUUGAUACCAAUUUCUCUGCUAUUGCUAUUGGAGAAGUUGACAUGAACAAAAUUGAACCCUGGCAGCUUCCAUGGAAGGCAAAAAUUGGGGAAAAAGAAUGGUACUUUUUUUGUGUGAGAGACAGGAAGUACCCGACUGGUUUGAGGACAAACAGGGCAACUGCUGCAGGUUAUUGGAAAGCCACUGGAAAAGAUAAGGAGAUUUUCAGAGGAAAAUCACUUGUUGGUAUGAAGAAAACUCUGGUUUUCUACAAAGGAAGAGCUCCCAGAGGUGAAAAAACAAAUUGGGUGACUCAUGAAUACAGAUUAGAAGGAAGAUUAUCAGUUUACAAUCUUCCCAAGACAAUAAAGAAUGAUUGGGUGAUCAGCAGAGUAUUUCAAAAGACAACUGGUGGAAAGAAAAUUCACAUUUCAGGGCUUAUGAGAGGGAAUUCUGAUGAAGAUGAAAUGAGCAAUUCCCUUUUGCCACCAUUGACAGAUUCAUCACCCAGUCACGUGCACUGCUUCUCCAAUGUUGUUAAUGCUCAAAAGAACCAAGAAAACAUGAUCAAUUCUUUCAACACUUCUCCUAAUUUUCCUGUUCUGCCAAAUCCCAUGGAUAUUUUCCCAAGAAAUUCUGUCCCAAAUACAUUUUCCUGGAACCAAACAGUCCCUAUUCAACACAAUUUUCCUCAGCCAAGUUCAUUUCCUGUACAAGAUCCUGCUAUUCUUAGGAAUUUGCUUGAGAAUUAUGGGCAGAACAUGCAGCAGAGUUUCAAAAAGGAGAAAGAAAUGGUCAGUGUAUCACAAGAAACAGGUCUAAGCACUGAUAUGAACACUGAAAUUACAUCAUCUGUGGUUCAACAGGAUCUUGAUUGCCUUUGGACUUACUGAAAUUCUUGGCAGAAAAGAAGGCAAAAUAAGCAACAACAAAAAUAACAGAAGAAGAAGAAGAAGAACAGACAUAGAGCUUCAGUAGUAGUAGCUAUUAUGGUGUGGAAUUAAAUUGUCAUGUGUAUAGAUUUUCUAAUCCCCUAAGUUGCAUUCAACAGAGUAACCAAUAUUAUGUCCCAAAAAAAAAAAAAAUACUCCUACCACUUUCUUUUUUCCUUUUUUUUUUUUUUUUUUUUUGGUUUGUCUUUUUACACUCCUAGUUAUCUCACUGCUGCUAUUUAUUACUUUGUGAUAUUGAAUUUGUAUAAAAUUGUAGUUGUACUGAUGAACACUGUUAGCAU